GUAUACCGCCGGCCGGGCUCGUGCAACAACGCCGCGUCGCCGUCGACCGUGUGCCGCGUCGUCGCCCGUCGCGGUCACUGUGUGCGUCUCCGUCUUCCGUCGUGCCCGUGUCCGUUUCCGUGUGUUUACGCGAGUGUGCGUUUCGUGCGCGGGCGCCAACGAUCGAUAAUAAUAACUCGACGCGUUCUCUGCGAAAAUAACGCUUCAGCUUAUCACUGGAGUUUUGUGUACAUCGAAGCAGACGUUAUCGCGUUAUCAGCCGGGUCAGUGUUCUGCGAUAAGGAGCCGCCGCUUCCCACGGUAAUAAAAUCCACACAUACAUAAUAAUAUUAUAAUAUUAUGUACCUACCUAUAUUAUAUUAAUCUUUUAUCGUUAACCCGAGUGCAUAGACGCAACUAGGAGAGCGCCAGGGGGUCUUUAGCGCUCCCAAUAUUACCUACACAAUAAGCUUAUUUAAAUAUUAUAGAUUAGAUAUUUUAGUCAAGUGUUCGGGUUCAUAUUAUUUCGUGUAUUCCAUAAUUAAUAAGCGAAAUAAAAUACAGAUCACCCACAGAUCACGCACAUAUGUAUGAAAAAUAAAAUUAAAAAAGUUAUAAUACAUUUUUAUAUAAGAAUGUAUAGAACGAAAUGUGUAGAUGCUUAUUGUAAGUGCCGUGUAAAAGUUGUUAUUGGGGCAUUGCCCCUAUGGAACAACGAUGUGUCUAUAAUUUUAGCAACCCCAAAGUCGGUGGUCUAUGUUGUGCCUAUGCAGCUAAGUAUGUAUGUUACGUAAAUCGUUACCGCCGUAGUCAUGCAUUUCGCCAAUAAUACGUGCGUGUGGUAUUUUGCUCAUGCCCGAUGAGUAAGACGAUUCGUAUUAUACGACGCCGUCUCCGAACCGGCCGUCUGCGAACACAAUCGCGAGGUCGAAUUUUCAAUUACGAGAUAAGUAAAAAAACGAUUGUCCAAGGUCGUACCUGGAAGGGGGUUCGGAGUUUCAUCCCUUCCCCCCGGAAAUUGUUCGUGUUAUAUUAUGUUUCGGGGAAAUAAUAUUAUUCCAGUCGAUAAAAUUAGAAUACCACACAUUUUUAAUUUAGAAUCCCCACCACCACAAAAUAAGACCAAAAUCCCAGCUCCUACUCCUUUGCCUGAAAAUUCCCCGCAAAUCAACUACCAUCAUACCUACUAUAAAAUCGCAAGUUUAUUGUUUUAAAUAAUAAUAAUAUGAUCUAACUAUUAGAAAGUGUUCUGACCAUAGAAGAAAUACGUGUUAUACCUAAAACUAUAGGUACUAUUAUUUUUUUUUUUGUACCUCUGUAGGGGGCUGCAACGUGCCAUAUACAGGGUGUAUGCCGAGAUAUGAAAUAUAAUUUUAUUAAUUUUUUUUUCAUGUGAAAAAACUUAAAAACAAACUAAGACGGACAUACUUCGCAAGUCGGAUGGGCCACUGUUGUAGGUGAAAAAUUGGAAAGGCAGGAUAUAGAAGGGAAAUUUAUGUACAUCUGUAAGCAAUGAUAAACCAUUGCUAACGAAAAACGACUUGGAGCAAAGUAAUGCAUGUUUUGAAAUAGUUCCAAUUUUCUUCAAUAUUUGGUAGGAACCUAUUAAAAAAAAAAAAAUACGACUUAUAAUGAACCUACUAUGUACAUUUUCAAGCAUUUGUAUUUAAUUUAAUAAUUUUAUCCACAGAAUAAGUACCUAUCGAAUAAAAAAUACGUAAAAAAACUUGCAAAAUAAAAAUGUUUUUAAAUAGCUCAAAAAUGGCUCAAACGUUCGAAUUUUAUCACAUCUAGAAAAAAUAAAUAUGAGUUUUCUAUCCGUAUUUCAAGUCUACAAAUAUUUUGAACUGAAUCACAACAAAAAAUACAAAAAAUAGUGAAAAUAAUACAUUUUGUAAACUUUCCCCUUUUUACCUACGUUACUUUCCAAUUUUUAUAAAAACCGCUUCGAAAUCAAAACAUGCAUUUUGGAAAAAGUACCUAGUAGGUAAAAUUUUCUUUAAGAAAAGGUGCUAUUCUUGAUACAUAGGACCAAGAUUUUUGGUAGAAAAGUUGUUCACAGAACAAAAAAAAAAGAAUUAAACACUAUUGUGUUUACAACAUUUAUUUGAGUAUGUGAUGAUUGAAAAAUAAAGUUAAGUAUAGAAAUCAUUGACUACGCGAGCGGAUUUCAAGUUAAUUUUAAUUUUUGAAAUAGGUUUUGCAUCCCAUGAAAAAAAAAAGUGAAAUGACACAACUGAUAGAAAAAAACCCACGUAUAUCAAAUCAUUAUAUAAAUAUAUGAAAUCCCCGAGAAAAUUACAGAAUUGGCAUUUAAAAGAAUCACUCUGUAUAUGAAAUGCAUACUGAAAUUGAUCGUUUCUCGUCCCUUGCGCAAUAUUACAGCUCAUUUAGUGAUAAUAAACUACACCGACGACCGGGAUAUUAUUUAUUAUAAUUGUUUUGUUUCCUUUUUUUUUUUUUAUGAGACUAGAUGUACGUGUUUUUUUGGAUUACUUCAAACGGAACGGCGGCAACUGGUCUACUUUUAGCAUCGCGUGCGUACAUGACAGACCGCGACCAUCCCGAAUAUUCGACUAGGUUACAUUCAAAACAACAAGGGACAUUUUUUGUUGCAUUUAGGAAAUAGUUGGUGAAUAAAAAAGUCGUUUGUUAUUUUUCCAUGUUGUUAACAUAAUAAUUGGGCAAAACCGGAAAAAACAUAAAGAUAACGGAAAGGUUUACAAAAAUAAUAGUUAUUCAUUAUUUUAAGUUUUGUUUUUUUGUUGUUAUUCAGUUAAAAAUAUUCGCAGACAUGAUGUUUUAAUAGACAACUUAAAUUUGACUUUUCUAGACUUAGUGAAAUUUUCUGAAUAUUCUGAAAAUAAUUUUGAACUAUUUAUAAGUAUUUGAUAUUUGCUAGUUUUUUAUGUAGUUUUUUAUUUGGUCAGUAUGUGUAUAUUUGUUUGACCAGACAAAAAUGCUUGGCAUUUUAACAGGAAGUUCAUUAUACAUUGUACUUAUUGUUGAAAAAAAGUAGAUUGCAAUGUAGUAAGUUUUUUUUAUAAUGGUUUUUGAAAUUUUCAAAAUUUCAUAUUUUGAUGAAUAUCGUAAUUAUGUUGUCCUUUUGAACCAUGUACAAACGAAAUUCGUUCGAGCAAGUUAGGUUAUCGAAAACUUACCAUAGUGUAUAUUAUUCUUAAGUACUAAUCACUAUAUUCACACUGCACCUAAGUGCAGUUUACUAAGUGUUUUUUUUUUAAAUUUAUUCGACGGCAAUAAUUAUAGUACUUCCUGAGUUUUUUUUUUUUAGAACAAAAUUAGUACUUGUGUGUUGUGAGCAGUAUCGUACCAUUCCCCCAAUCGCCUAAAAAACACUUUUAUUAUAUUUGUAUUUAAGAUACCCUGAUUUUGAAUUUCUACGGAAACAAAAAAAUACAAAAAACCAAAAAGCGUCUAUUUGAUAAAAUAUUCAGUCGUAACGAGCUUUAUUCCACCAUCGUAAUUUUUGUUUAAAUAUUUAUGCUACCUAUAUUUCCGAUUUUUUUUUUUCGGUGGUACAAUAGCACACAUCAUUUUAUUUAUCAUUUAACUUACAAUUUAGUCGAGACACGAGUAUGAAGGAUGCACCGAUUACAAAUUAUAAGUCGAUAUAAAGACGUGCCAUGCAUUUUUCGUCAUUGACUAUCUAAUGUGCAAUCGUAACAAAAAUGUGUUUUUGUGUUUUCAAUAGCAAUCAUCGGGCCGUCUUGAUCAUUUAUCAUGAUUUCGGUGCCAAUAUAAACACUAGAAGUUGUAUUAAACGUCUAUAAAAAAUGUUUUUGAAUGUUUUUAAACGGUUUUUAUUUCCAUUUGUAAAUUGACCACUUUAAAAAAAAUCAUAUAAAAUCGGUAAAUUAAGAUUUCAAAAAAAAAAAACCAUUCUAUAGACAUCCAAAAUAAUCCAAAAUAAUUUCUCAUAUUUGUUUUGGCAUCAAUAUCAAGUUUAAUAUAAACAACGAGGCUUGAGUAUAAGUACUAUACGAAGUAUGACAACACAUUUCUGCUAUACAUAUUACCCGUUAAACGCGUAGACAAAGACGGCAAAUGCAUUGGCACCGAACACUGAGUUUAGAUCUGAUCCAGACAAAAUCAUUUAUUGGGAGUGGUGGUAGUUUGGACGUGGUGAUAGUUAAUGGAUUAACUGUUAUUUCCUGUUCUGAAUAGAUAUUAUUUAAAAUGGCAACUCGUACUCAUAUAUUAAUCGUAUUCUGAGUUUUUAGUAGGUAUAAAAUAAUAUAAAAUCAUGUUUUUAAUGAGAUACGGAUAUUAUUUUACAAAACCACAAAUUUGAUGAAUAAGGUUCUACUUCUAGGUAAAUAUUUCUGAAGAAAACAUGUCUGGCUUGUACAUUGUAGUAAAUUGUUAAUACAUAUAGUUCAUUGUGUACAAAUGUUGUGAUUUUGUAUUACUGUAUUAACAUUCAAUAUUGAUAAAUAAUAAUACGGUUCAUUACUUUACAUUGACAUCAUUCUCUAGUCGGUUAGUCUGUAUUGUGAAUUUUUAACAUACCAGCUGUAUGGGUGUAUGUUUUGCAAAAUAAAUUUUAAAUUUCAACGUUAAAGUUUUUUUUUUUCAAUUUUAAGAUUUUGAAUCAUUUUUAUUUUGGAACUUUUGAAUCAUAUAAUAACUACUCAUGAAUUAAUCUAAUCUAAUCAAAAUUAUGUUUGACUGUAUAUUUUUAUACCACUAAACACAAAUUAACUACCACACCACGUUGGUAAUGCGUGAAAAGAAAUUUAUUGAACUGCAAUUCCGCUUUAACUACGGUAUUGUCCAAAAACAGCAAAAUUUGUUAGAGAUCAUUCGCAACUGGCUGAUUUUUUUGAUCCGGAUAUUUUGGUAGAAACCCGAUAAAUAUACAAUAACAUUAUUCCAUAUUUUAAUUUUAAACACGUAGUGACGCAGUGGCGUGCUCACGGUGGGGGGGGGGUGAAGGUGUCAUAUCCUCCCAUGAACUUUUUUUUUAUGUGUUUAUUUGAAGUUCCUUGGUAGUUUCGGUUUUCUCGGAAUAAAAAGUAGUACAUAGUUGGUUUUAAUUUUUAGUCAUGUUAAUUAUUAUCAUACAUAUAAAAUAUAUUUAGUAGAUACUAUUGUAAUAGUAAUUAUCUAUAGAUAAUAAAUAAAUAUUAAAAGAUAAAAGGUACCAAUGAACUAUCAUAAUAUUUCAAUCCAUUACAUUCUGAUAUCUAUAAUGUUAUAAUCACGACCAUCGGUAUAUUAAUAUAUUAACAAUUUCAGUUAUACAGUUUUUAGCUAUGCUAUAAUAAAACUCUUAUACUAAUGUGAAUUAAUACUCGUAUAUUGGAACGAUAUUCUAAGAAUUUGAUUUGUGAUCAUAGGUUUGUGUUCGUGGUUGUGUUGUGGAUUAUUGUUACGAUCAUGGACUUUGCAAAGAUACUACUUUUAGCGUCUUACUGUAUAAUUAUCGAACUAAACCUUCGUGCGAAAUCUAUACAAUUAUUUCAUAAAAAGGGCCGUGCUUUAAAGUAAAAAUGUUUUUAAAAAUAAUCAUAUUAAAAUAUUGACUGAAGGUUCAUUGUACAUUCAAUAAACAUAAUAUAUUGAACAACGUUCAGAUAAAAAUAAUUUCUGUCAAAAUCGAAAAAAAAAAAUUCACGAUGCGUAGUGUAGUUAUAAAUAUUAAGUAAAUAAUCUGUUGGUAUAAUUUUGAAUACAAAUAUAAUAGAUAUCUUUAUAUUUUAUGUAAACAAUAAACAUCAUUAUAUAGAUAAAAAUAACUGAAGUUUAUCUUGACUUUCUUAGAAGGAGAAUAUUCGUAUUUUACUUAUACUAACCUUUUUUUCAAUUGAUUAUAUUAUGAAAAAAAAAAUAUACUACAUUAUACUCAAUUUGUGUUUUUUUGUUCAAUUAUUUUCAUUAUAUAAUAAUUUUUGAUCAAUGUAAUCCUUUUCUUUCCAUUGGAAACAUUAAAAUAUGUAUUCUAUAAAAUAUUAAUUUAUUAGAUUUAUGAUUUCAACGCCAAAUCUUUAUAUUGUUUGGGCAAUGGGAAUUGAUAGAAAAAUAUUUAAAAUUUUAUUUUCAUUUCACCGUAAAAAAAGUUGUGAUUUGUCUUCGACUUGUCAACAUGAAAAAUUAAAUAGAAUACGACUAAAAUAUAAGAGACACUUUACUUUCCCCAAAUUCAAGUAAUAUAUUAUGAGAAUAUAUACUCACUUGGCUCUUAUCAGUAGUAUAUAUAGAGGUGGGCAGAGCAUGCCAACCCCCCCCCAAAAAAAAAAACCAUUUCUUUCUCUAUUUAAAAAUUUAAGUGAACCUCAUAAAACCAUUUCAUAUUUACUCAGUCGUCCAAUCAAUAAUGUUAAUAUUAUAAUAAUUAUAAUUGUAUUAUUAAAUAUUCGUUGUUUUUAUUUUCAAACUAUUUGGAAUGGUAUUAUUAUUAAUUAUUGAUAUACUAAUUUUACAGUAUCAAUAGUUUCCUAUUUAGGUACAUUUUUUUGGUGAAUAUGUCGACAAAAAUCUCCUGCCACUCACUAGUUCCCCAAACUGGGAGACUGAUGGGAGUUUCAACAAAACAAACGACACCAUUUCACGAUAACAAAGGGGAUUGGUUCCCCCCUUUGACAGUGUUUUUACAUGAUUUUUCUACAAUUGUUUGUAUGUUUUUUUUUUAAUAAAAAUCGCUCUUCCUUGAACAACCCCAGGAUCUGGUACUGAUGGGACAUUACAUAUUUUUCACUUAAAUCGUUUAUUAAAAAAAAUCCCUACAUUAUUCUGAACUUUUUUGGUUCCCCACUACUUACAACUUACCAAAUAAUUUUAAUCACAUAGAACCAAAUAAAAUCUUUAAAAAUUUGAAAAUUUCAAAUGGCUAUGAUUGAAAAAUUUCCAAAAUGAUUUGAAAAUUGUAUCAUUUCUACUGUCUAGGAAGAACUGUACAUAAGAAACUGUAGGUAUGGUUAGCGAUGCAUACCUACUAGUUUCUACCUAGGUAUUAUAAUUUAUAAAAUUUAUAUAGAUACUAUACAACUAUAUCAAAUAUCUACCAAAUAAAUUACAAUAGUUCACAGAAAUAGUUAGGUAGGUAGUUAAAAAAAUAUUAAUAUAGUUGAAAAAUAAUGUUUAAAAAAUAAUUUAGUUAAAAAUUUAAGGUAGGUUAUUCAGAAAAUAAAAUAAGUAGAUACUUACGAUUUAGUUUUUGUUUAUACAAGCUAGUAAUAACAGCGAGCAUAAAGUAGGUUACGUAUUUACUUAUCAUACAGUAGUAGUUACUAUAAUACCCAUCUACUAUAAUUUAUUAAGAAGCUAAAAAUUUAAACUAAAAUUAUUAUUAUUUUUACUAUUUUAGGAUCAAUAUUAAAUUGUCGCCUCUCGUAUAAGAUAUUUUUAAAUUAUAAAAAUAAAUUAGGUAACAAAACAUUAUAAAUUAAGUACAUCGUUCUCGGCAUUUUCCGUUCCUGGAAAUACUGUAGGUACGAUCUUCAAUAAUCCAGGUUUCCUAAAGUAUUUAGAAAUAAAAUAGAUCCACUUUAAGGCAUAUAAGCUAAACGAACAAAUAUAUUGUAAGACAAACUACACAAAUAAUGUAAGCCUUAAAAAAUGUGAAACAUAAAUAAAGAAAUUACAAAAGUCCAAUUUUUAAAUAGAUAAUGUAGGGAAAUAUAUUAUAAAAUAGUUAUUGUGUCCAUAUUGUAUUAUACAUAUUUAUUGUAUAUUGUAUACGUACCAGCAACAGUGCAACGUUUCAUGUAUUUAUAUUUUGUGUUAAUUUUGAUUGUUAUUAUUAUUUUUUUUUAUUUUAAUUUAACUGUAAUUUGACCAAUGACGAUUUAUUUAAAGUUGUAAAUAUUUUAGGACCACUGAAAAUUAAAUUUUGGUGAGUACCAGUACUUCACGUUUUAUAAGUUCUUUUGUUAUAAAUUCUAUAAUGGACCGUAUCUAUAUUCCAACAAUUGCCUUACUUAUACUUAAUAUUUACUGGAACUCUAAUCAAUAAAUUUAAUUUAACUUGUUUUACUGUUACGAUUAUCCUACUAAUAAAUACCUGUAGGCACGUCUUGAUCAUGCCCCCACCCUUAUCUCCUCCCGUCUAACAAUAUAAAACCAUUGUCCAUUACAGCCAACUCCGAAAAUAUUUUCACUACAGUACGUCAAUGGUCGAUAUUGUCGGUUUAAGUUUUAGGAAAAUAUAAUAUACCUAUAACCUAAAUUUAAAGAAAUGUAAGUAUAAAUAUAUUUUAAUAAUCGAAUAAUAAUAAUAUACGUGUAGUUAUUUCAAUUCGAUAAACGUAUACUUAGUCAGUGACAUUUAAAAGCGAAUUGGAACGUGGCCAGUGAUUUUUUACUAUAAACUACGUAUAAAACGUAAAGAAUUGUUCAGAAAACUUAAUGUUUUCUAGUUCAACCACAUAUUCUCAUGUAGGUACAGUGACGUGUAUAAUGCACAUACAAUAAUAAAAUAAUAAUGUUAACAAUAAUAAUAUAUUAUUAUACUAUAAACAGUGUAAAAUAUAAAAAUUGCAUUUCAUAAUUAAAAAAUACACUAUCUAAAUUUGUAUGCAAUGAUGCAGUAAUAAGAACGAUAAUAUACUUGUAAAUAUUAUUUAUUUAAAACAUAUUGUAACGAUUUUAUUAUAUUUUUUGUUUAUCUUUGCUCGUUUCCGUCACGCGCAUUUAUAAUGUACAUUACACACAAUAUUAUUACCAUGAAUCAUAAUGUCAAUAACUGGACAUCACGGACGCGAAUCGCACAAUAUAUCUAAUAAUUAAAUUCGUAUAGUCCUAAUUUAUCGUCACUGUAAUGAAAAUAAAAAAAGAAGAAAAACAACAAAUAUAAAUAAAAUAUUAUAAAAAUAACUGCAGUAUCAUAGAUAUUAUGUAUGUUUGUAUCCACUUGUCGAACACAAGGACGCGUGUAUUUGAUGACUUUUCCGAGUAACUGAGAAACGAUAUUUUAAUAAGUACCUGCCUACCUAAAUACAAAGAACAAGUGUAUACACCAUCGUGCACGAUAAUUAUUACGAAGGUUCAAUUUACACCAAAGGUUUUGUACGUACAAAAGAAAAAUAAAUCAUUAUUAGAAUUAUUAUCUUAUAUUAAAUGUAUGUUCAUUUAAGUACCUACGGUUCAACAUUUUAUACUAAUAAUAAUUGUAUGUACCUACUCUAAUGUGUACACUGUACAGUGUGUAAUUUUUAUAAAAAAAAGUAUAAACAGACGUUCUAGGAUAAUGGAGAUGAGUGCAGUCAUUGUUAUUGGUAAUUUAAUGUAUACCUGUAAGCAACGAUAAAUCAUUGCUAACGAAAAAACGGUUUUGAGCGCAUUUCAGUUGAUAGCGAUGCUUUGGCAUGAGAAAAUACCUAAGAAAAUCGAAAAAUUACCUCCAUAAAGUACCUUCUCAGUCAAAUUUCCUUUCAAAACAAGUGCUAUCAUUUUAAAUCUGAGCGAAAUUGAUGGUAUAAAAGUACACAGAAAAAAAGGCCAUAAUAUUGUUUUACUAAUACCUACAUUUCGUACAUUUUCCAUUUUUCUAACAUUUUAUUCCAGUUUUUCCAAGAUAUUAUGAAAAACGCUUGAAAAAUUAAAAAAUAACCUCCCAAAAGUACCAUCUGGACAACAUUCCCAUUCAGAAAUAGUGCCACGCGUAUAUAUCUGAGCAAGAUUUCUAGUAGAAUUUUUAUACACAAAAUAAAAAAAAAAUAAUAAUAAUAAACAACUUAACAAAACCAAUACAUUCUUCGCAACAUUAAGAAUCUAAAAUAAUAAAUAUGUUUAGUAUUAUAUCAAUAUAAUAACUUUGGAUUCUGAACAUAACGAACUGCACUAUACUAUAGUUUUACUAAGACGUUUUACUUUAUUUUUUAUUUUAGCAGAAAACAUUUUUUCAGCAGGUAAAAAUAUUGCAAAUUAUUCACAUCGUACCUUCAAAGGACACCACACACGCAUUAUCCGUUUCCGUUUUACAAACACGGUAUACCAAAUUUGCCUUUAGUAAGACUUAUAUUAUGCAUAGGCGGAAAUCCAUUGUCAUCCAAAAGUUGGGGGCUACAAUUUUUCUCAUAAACCAAAGCCAUAGGGUAUUACACCCUUCAUACCCUCUUAUAAAUAAUUCUGAACGAAUUUUUUAAUUUAACAUUCAAUGUAAACUAUAGUCUAUAAAUAAAACAUUAUCACAAUCGUGAGUAAAGUAUGGCUUUUGGGUCUGAGAAAAAAAAAUCAAAAUAUCGAUAAACGUCUCAUAGAUUGUAUACCGUCUUAAAAAUUCUCUAUUGAUUAGAUUUUUGAUUUUUCUACUUUCCGACUGAUUUUCAAGGACAUCGUGGAUUUUUUUGUAUAUUUUGUAAGGAGUUUAUAAAUUUAGUGGUUCUAAAAAGGGCUUUUUUAAUAUGGUUGUUUCUGAAAAGAGCAGUUUUCAAUACGACAUAUUUGUUUUAUCGGUUUGUAAUUAAUCAAAUUUUUAAUAAUAGAUACGUAUACACAUUUUACAUAAUUUUCACAAUCAUUAAAUUGGUCUACCGAAUAGUAUAAAAUAGUUGGAAUUACCUACGUAAGUUUGCAGUAUAAGAUAAUUCACUGCUCACAUACUACACUCAAACAUAUAUAGGUACAUAAACAAUAAAAAAUCGUGUGUUCACAAAUAAUAAUAGGAACUUAAAAAAAAAUAAUUUCAUAACGAAAUACAAAAAGUGUGCGGACUGAGAAUGGUCUGUAAAUGGAAUAAUCGAAAUUUUUUUUCUCAGACCUAAAAUACUUUUUGCCACAUUGAAGCCAUACUUCAACCAAAUCGCGUAUUAUUUGCCACUGCGUAGUGCGGAAAUCAACACAAUUACUUCGACAAUAGACAGUAUUGGUAUUUCGAAAUUAAUAUAUUAAUUAUAUUAAUUUAAUUAUUAUAUUAAUUAUAUUAAUAUUAAAAAAAAUUCUUAAAUUAACAGUCAAAAACAACAAUUAUUCGACGGUCACUAAUUGAAAACAAUGUAUAACAAAUCACUAAAUAGCGUUCCAACUUAUAAUUUUAAUUUUUGUGUAAAACAUUAUAUUUUAUACUUUUAAUGUAAACAAACUUUUAACACAAAAAAUAUUAUGUUUUAUUUUUUUGUUUUUUAAGAAUAUAUUAUAUGAAUGGGUACAAAAAGCUUGGUGGGCUUUUCGGGGGGCUAAGCCCCCAAACCUCCCGAUUUCCAACAGUGAAUUUGUAUACCAUUAGUAAAAUCGUUAGUAUUAAAAUGAAUUGACCUAUUUCCAAACUUAAAGUUAAGCAGAUUAUCUGUGCCUUAGCAUUGAUGUUUUUUCGAUAUUUUAAUUUUUCAGUUAGAUCCAUAUCUCACGGGUGUGUAAAAAAUCACAAUAUAAAAAUUAUUGAACCUCACUUAAAAAUUAAAAUAACGAAAUAACAUCAACCUUUACACACAGAUAAUUUACUUACCUUUAAGUUUUAUAAUAGAACUUUAAUAUAAAAACUCACGACACAAAAUAUUUUGUGUUUUGCAAUUUAGUUUUGUUGCACGUUUGUAAGACAAAGACAGUGUGACGUCCUCUUAAAAAAUGCAAAUAUUUCACUCAGUCGUACUUAAUUUGAAAACAAUCUCUAGAUUCCCAUGACGCGUGAAGUAUAUUUCCGGUUUUUAUUUACGUUUAUAUAGUGUGAAAAGUUUCCAAGUUCUCGAAAACAAAUUAAGUGAAUUCUUAGGGCAAUUACUUUGAAGGAGAUAAUGUAAAGAGUCAUUUUAAUUCAAUAAAAAAAUUAUAAAUAUCAAUCUCAUUACUUUAUCUACACACCUCGUAUUUUAUCAACGGAGGUACCUACUUGAGUUUAAUAUUUACUACAUUUUUACAUUUUAGCCGACUUAUAACCUACAAAUUUACAUCAAAACGGAUGAUACAAUGACGAUAACAAAAAUAUGCUGUAUAGGCGCUGGAUACGUCGGAGGCCCGACAUGCAGUGUAAUAGCGAUGCAGUGUCCGCACAUUAAAGUAACAGUAGUGGACAUAAGUAAACAUCGUAUCGCCCAAUGGAACUCAGAUAAACUGCCUAUAUACGAAGUAAAAAUACAUUUAUUUAUAUAAGUCAAGUUUGUCACUGAAUUUGAAAGUUAGUUAGACAAUAGCAAUUUUUUUUAAAUCUCUUCAGAUACUAUUAUUUUUAUGGAAGUAUACCUCAAGGUUCAAAUGGCUUACGUUCAAAGAUUUACGUUUAAGCAUAAUUUUCAAGAUACUACAUUUUUAAAGAAUUAUUAAAAAAAUUGUUUAGAAUACUUAAUCGAUUAUCAUUAAAAUAACAUUCUAAAUAUUAAUAUGAGUUGGUUAAUAUUCUUGUGAGUUGAGUUGAAGUCAUAUUUUAAACUAUGUUCAGACCAUUUGAUGAAAAUGUAGUCACUUUUUUUUUAAUUAAAAAAAAAAAAUACUUACAUCUAUUUAACUUCGAAUUCUGGGACAUUCUGUAGUACUUAUAUAUUUUUAAUAUUUUUACUUAAACAGAUCUUUUUUUGUCUUAUAGCCUGGACUUGACAACAUUGUUAAACAACGGAGAAACGUGAACUUGUUCUUUUCUAACGACGUCGAAAAUGCAAUAAAAGAGGCGGAUUUAGUUUUUAUUUCCGUAAAUACUCCGACUAAGACAUUUGGAGUGGGUAAAGUGAGUAUACAUUAGAAUUAGUAAAAUGUAAUAAAAAAAUAUUUUGUUUUGUAUAUGAUUUGAAAAGUUGUAAUAUUUACGAAAUUUUAUCUUUAAACCAUUAUAUUAAAAAAAAAAAAAAAUACUACUUUAAACUCAAAUUUUAUUUUUGACUACUAAAUACAACUUAAUGAACCUCCUUUUCAAACAUUUAUAUCAGUCAACUAUUGUAUCCAUUGAUUUGGCUCAAAUUACUAAUAAAACUAAACUGAAAAUCAAAAAAAUGAAUUGCUCGAUCGGAAAUCUAUAUCAAAAAUGCAACCAAAAAGGUUUCUUGGUACUUUUUUGAUUUAACCAAUAUUUAUGGUAGGAAACAUAGUAUGUACAAAUGAAAACCAAUGAAAUUGGUGACUUUGUGGGGUGCCGUGAAAAUUCGUUGCUUUUCGUAUGAUUUUGAAAACCCCUUAGAAAAUCAAAAAAUAACAUAUUUAAUGCACCAACUAGUUCCAAAAAUAAAAACGCACAUUAUAGUAAAACCAUUACUUACUCUGAAUCUAAAAUAUUAUCGUCUAUAUACAUUUAUACAUUUUAAUUAAUAUCAAAAUAAGCACCAUAAGAAAUGUAGUAUCAUUAUUAAAUUACCUAAUUUCAAUAACCAAAAUUUGCAGGGACGUGCAGCUGACUUGACACAUGUUGAAAAUUGUGCACGGAUUAUUGCUCAAGUUUCAACUAGUAAUAAAAUUAUUGUAGAAAAAAGUACUGUUCCAGUACGUGCUGCAGAGAGUAUUUUAAAAAUUUUAAGUGCGAAUCAUAAGCCAAAUGUUAAAUUUCAAGUAAGUAGUAAUUACUAAUCUCUUUGAUUCUUUUGAAAAUAUUGUUUUAUGUUAUUUUUUUAAAGGUAUUAUCUAAUCCAGAGUUCCUAUCUGAAGGUGUGGCAGUUGAGAACUUGUUAAACGCUGAUAGAGUUCUAAUAGGUCAUGAAGAGACUGCUGAUGGUUUUUGGGCAUUUAAAGAGCUCAGUAAAGUUUAUUUGAAUUGGAUUCCCGAAGAAAAAAUUCUGAGAACAAACACUUGGUCAUCGGAACUAACCAAACUUGUAAAUUUAAUACUUAAUGCUUUUGCCUGUGAUAUAAAAAAUAUCUUAGAUAUUAUGUUAUUAUGUUUACAGGCAGCUAAUGCAUUUUUAGCACAGCGAAUAUCCAGCAUUAAUUCUAUGGCAACAAUAUGUGAAGAAACUGGUGCAGACAUCAGUGAGGUGGCUAGAGGAAUUGGUCUCGAUUCCAGAAUCGGUUCUAAAUUUUUACAAGCAUCUGUUGGUAAAUAAGUAUAUUACUUUAACUUAUAGUAGAAAACCAUUUAACUCUAAUACAUUUUUACCUAAAAUGAGAAUUUGUUAAAAGGAUUUGGAGGCAGCUGUUUCACAAAAGAUUUAUUAAAUUUAGUAUACAUAUGUGAACAUUUGAAUAUAAUGCAAGUAGCUAUGUAUUGGCAGCAGGUGAUAAUAAUACUAUUAUAAUACUAUUUAAGUGUUAAUUUGAAUACUUGUAUACUUAAUAGCUCAUUUUUGUUUUCAGGUACUUGACAUGAAUGAUUACCAGAAAUCAAGAUUUUCCAAUAAGAUUAUUGAAUCGUUGUUCAAUACAGUUACUGGUAAAAAAAUAACCAUGUUUGGAUUCGCAUUUAAAAAAGACACAGGCGAUACACGUGAGUCGCCUGCAAUACAUGUAGCUAAGACACUCCUCGAUGAAGGAGCUAAACUUAAUAUCUAUGACCCAAAGGUGAGUUAAAAAAACAAUAUAAUAGAUGAAAAUAUUAAAACCGGUACAAGUCUAUAAAACGAAAAACCAGUAUUGUUAAAGCAACAAAUAUUUUUUUAAAGAACAUUUUACAUUGGUUUACAUGGUUCUUAAUUAUUUUCACCAUUAACAAUGACCACUAUAAUUUAUAAUCAUUAUAUUAGUUAGGAAUUUGACUUUCAUUUCUGAAAACAUAUCAUCAUUUAAAUAUAUACAAAUUAAUAAAAUAAGUAUAAUUUGUAUUUAAUAAUUUAAAUUACACUAACAUACUGAAUACUGAUGCCUGAUGCAGAUAUUGAAAACUAGUUGUUCACUGAACAGAUUAAUAUAAAAUUGGCAUUUGUUAAAACUAUACAUUAGCAAGUAUAGGUUAUUAGUUUUAAUUUAAUUUUAAUCAUAAUGAUAACAUUUAUAUGACAUUAAUAAUGUGUAUUAAGAUAAUUUAUAACAAUUCAUGUUUAGUAUAUCUACUCUUAAUAAAUAUUAUUAAUUAUUUUUGUGAUAUUUAUUUAUUCAGAACAUAAUUUUAUAAAUUAUUCAAUAAUUUCAGGUGGAACAUGAACAAAUUCAAAGGGACCUCACGCAUCCAUAUGUAACUGAAAAUCCAGAAGCCGUUAUGAAAUCUAUAGAAAUACACAAUGACCCAUAUUAUGCUACAAUUAAUACACAUGCAAUUGUAAUAUGCACCGAAUGGGAUGAAUUUAUAGUAAGUUUUUUGGGAAAAAAUUGUGUUAUUUUAUUAUAAAGUUAUUUAUUUAAUAUUUCACUUAAUUGCACUUAAUUUUACUUUUAAUUACAAAAUUAUUUAGUAUAAUUUGUUUUAUUGUUAAUCAGCCAUUUAAUAAUAAGUAACUAUUUAUGAUUUUUUUUUUGUCAAAUUUGAUUUAUUUUCCAAAAAUUCUUAUUUUAGAAUGAAUUUUUGUCAAAAUUAGUAUACCUAUUAAUUAAAAUUUCAUUAUUAACUGCUCUGCUCUUUUAAACUUUAAAUGCUAAUAAGCAAAUUAAAAAUAAACAUUUGAUGGUUUAAUAUUCAAAUUUUGUGUUUAAAUUUUUAAACUAUGCAGCAUCAGUAUCAAUUAAAAUUUGGUUUCUUUUAAAAAUAUCUAUGUUGAAAAACUAUAAAAAUUCUAUUUUUUUUUUGUUAAAAUAUAUGCACUCAUUAUCAGUGUUGGUCAAGGCAGCUAGGAAGAAAUUGGUGUCUAUAUAAUAACCUUCUCAAACCCCUCCCACCAAACACCAAAAAACCGUCCAGCGGCAUACAAGUAUAAUAUAUAUUUCGACACUAAUCAGAAAAGUUAGGAUAUUAACUACCUCUUCUCAUAAUAUAGUCACGUAGAUUCCAUGCACUAUUAUCGUUAUUCCCAUUUAUGAUAAUUGUUUUACUAUUAACACUUAUUAACAUUUAGUGUAAUUUUUCGAAAAAGGAAAUUCGACUGGGGAGAUACUUUAAAGAGGCCAUUUUUCGAUUUUUUCAUGAGUUUUCUGAUCAAAUAUGAUAAACCAGAAAAAAAAACAUGGGAAAAACAGGGAAAUCGGUACAACAUUAAACAAAUAUUAUUAAAGGAAAUAAAAUCUAUUCAAUUAUUUUACUAUAAUAUGACAUAUUAUAUAUUGUUGACAAAGCAUCACUAUCAACUGAACACCCAUCCGAAUCGUUUUUCAUAAGCAAUGGUUUAUCGUUACUUACAGGUAUACAUUAAAUUACCAAUAACAGUGGCUGCAUUCAUCCCCAUUAUACUAAGACAUUUUUUUAAUAAUUACUUUCAUACCAAAGGUAUUAAAUACAAAGUUGACAUUUAUUUUAAUUUGUAAUAAAUUACAAUUUGUAUUAACUGUUAAAAAAUAAAAAUUGAAUGAACUAUAUAUAAUGAUUUAAUUUAUCUACUUAACACAAAUAUGAAUAAUGAAAACAAUAAUGCACGAGUGAUCAAGUAGAUUGGGGCCCUAUAAAAAUCUUGCCUGGGUCCUUUGAUGACCAGGCGAACACUGCUCAUUAUUAUUAAAACAUAAAAAGUAUUGAACUAAUCUAUUCAAUUUUAAAAUAACCAUUUUUAAUAUUAUGUGUUUCAGGAAUUGGAUUAUAAACAAAUUUAUAGAGGCAUGAUUAAACCAGCAUUUAUUUUUGAUGGCCGCAAGAUUCUUAACCAUGAUAACUUAACUAAAAUUGGUUUCCAAGUACAUACAAUUGGGAGACGCUAGUUUAUAAAAUGUUAAAUCACUUUUUGUCUUCUAUAUAACAUAUUUUAAAUAAUAAUGUUAAAUAAUGUUUAUUUUUUAAAAAAUUUUAUUUUAUUUUUUUAUUGUAAUUACACGAACAAAUUUAUACAGAAUAUGGCCAUCAGCUACUUAAAUUAAAAAAUAUUAUAUGUAUUCCAAUAUAAUUAGGUAUAUCAUUUUUGUACCUACUAAAAUAAAUAUUUUUAUUUAAUAACAAA